UUUAGGUUGUGGAUGGGUGGUUUUUAGGUGGGGUUUGAUAGAUUUGUAUAUAUUGGGUAUUUAUGGUUUUGAUAAUGUAUUGUAGAAGGAAUAGUCAUGCUACUUAGCAAAGAAGAUCAAACUAAUAAAGAACUAACUAAGUUAGAAGUAUCAUUAUUGAGAAAUUUAAAACAUAACCUUGAUAUUAAUUUCAAAUUAAUAGCAGAGCCGAGGUUUAAUCAACUUAUGAUCUUGGAAGAGUAUAGAAUCUUUAGAAAACUCCAUGAAAAUAUAAGACCUAUGGUAAAUUAUGGUUCAAGGAUAUUGACAAGAAGAGAGUUCAAGAAGAUUACAAAAUGCAUGAGAAAAUCUGCCUCAAAAGGCCAUGAAUACAAUAAUUUGACAAUUAGAUUGGAUGCCAAGUCAGGCGAAGAUUACUCUUCAUUUAGCUUGUGAAAAACCAAGAUCUUACCAAAAAUAUGGAUGUUUCAGACAAAUUUACAAAUCGAAAGGUUUGUAUUGAAGAAGAAGGAUAUCCAGUCGAUAAUAGUGAUGUCAAGACAUUUGAUAGGCUUAUCCUUUUCAUUAUGCAAAAUCUCUGGACUUCAGCUGACAAAGAGCUUCUUCAAUACCAAUACACAAGUUGGAGUCAAUCUUCAGACUAUUGUUUUUAUUGAAUGUGUAAGCUCCCAAGAAUCGGAUGACGAUGACUCUUUCUACUUGAUAAAGAGCAUCAUGGAUGGAGUUUUGAAUUCUUCCUUACAAAAAUUCCUCCACCGAAUUCUAUUCAGAAUAAACUCAACUUAUAACUUCAAAUCAGUAGUAGAUGGCAUUAAAAAUUAUGAGAACGAUCAAAGACUCAAAAUCACUAAUGAAAAUGAAACAAUAUUAUUUAAUUUCAUCUCAAACCUAGAUAGUUAA